AGAAACCUUACGCCUCAUUCUCUUACAUUCACUUGUAGUUCCAUUUCACUGUAAUAGGGCAAAAUGGCUCCAAAAUGGCUGUUUUCGUUAAUUUUCGUAGGAUUUUACUGCGGUUUGCGAUUCACUGUGGCGCAAGAUGUGAAGAUCUGGGCAGCCAACACUAAUUUCAACAAUCCCCGCAAUUGGAGAGGAGGAAAAUUACCAUGCCCGAACGACAGGGUUAUUUUUCCAGCUUCCUCGCCAGUGCUCGUAUAUAUGCCAGAAUCAUUCUCAGUAUCUGAAGUGGUUCUGCCACUGAAUGGAGAACUCGUUUUUCCAACGAAUGCUAUUUUCAACGUAACUGGAAAGACGGAAACAGCGUCAUGCGUUGGUCAAGAUCUUCUGUUCCAACCAAGCGUGGAGUUCUGGUACAACCCCGACAAUUGGAACCUAACCUCAGACCGCAUGUUUCCCGAGUCCCAUCCCAGGCGGAACAAGGCCGUGCCCCAUGCAUACCAAAUACCCUGCAGAUGGGACAGGGUGCAAUUUCCUGCCCAAAGCUCAUUCAGCGUGCAAGGGAUUGAGCCACCAGUCAGCAUAGCGUCUUUGCAAAUUAACGGUCGUAUUUACAGUCAGCCAGAUCUGGACGCUUUACUCGAGACCCCAACCGGGAAGCUCCUCUUCCACAACAAUCCUUCGAUCCAGAUAACGAAUUCGCUGUGCACCGAUCCCAAAGGAUGCAUAUGCGGUAACGAAAGAGAUUUGAUUUUUUAUGCUAUUUGCAAAUUUAAACCUUGUCCAGACCUGAUGUGCCUGGAUCCCAUCGAAGUAGUAGGACACUGUUGUCUUAUUUGUGGUGCAAAACUGACUGCCAAAUAUGAUUCAAAUUUCAGAAUGCAAAGAUUUUUGGAGUUGCAUCAGAACCUUCACAGUAAUGAACUAUUCGAUAGAGUGGACAGUUUCACUUCUAGAAUAUCUGAAAAUGAAGUUCAAACUGUUUUUGUUGAUUACACAGACACGAAUUAUGUGGCAAAUAAAUUGGCUCAGCUUAUGAACAGCAUCUAUAAAGCAGAUGUGAAUAGCAUUCGAUCUUAUGGAAUAAGUUCCAUUGAUUUUCAGAAAUCCGAAAGAUUCCAAGCUCAGCCGCCAGCUAGCGAUCAGCAGUCUUCCUCCUCGGGAAUGUCUCCUGGCGGAGUUGCUGCUCUCGUCAUUUCGAUCUUUAUCUGUUUAGGAUUAGGAGCAGCUUUCUAUAUUUAUAGAAAACGACAACUUGAUGGUUUCUCUUUCGCAAGAUUCGAUCUUCGAUCUGACAAAAUCGAAUUGGAACUUGGAACUACUCCUCAUGAUGAAUUGGAACCUGAAGAAACGCCUCCACCUCCACCUGCUACAUCAGUAACCAAAGAUGAAAGCAAAGGUUUUGAUAACCCAAUUUAUGGAACAAAUGUGACAUCCGAGGCAUCAUCAGACACCGAAGAAUCUUCAGAAGUUCGCGAUUUUGUGGAGAAUCCUAUGUUUAAACUUUUUGAGGAGUCUGAGUGAUGCAAUAUAGUUCAACGAAUAUAAUCAAGAAAAAGUUGUAUUGAUCAAAACUGUUUAUUUCAUAUUGGAUUUCAAACAAUGUGCAGAAUGAAUAUUUAUAGUAAUUCAUUCAUAAAUGUGAUUUCUGAUAUGUUUAGAAAAAAAGUUUGUGUUAAAGAUUUUGUGCUAAAAUUGGAAGAUUUGUUAAAUAUAUAUACUUAUUGAAACACUGUGUUUCAAUAAUUCUUUAACCACCAAUGCUGUCAAUCACCUUUGUGCCGAAAAGAGAGCUGUAUUAACUCUCUUUUCGUUGAGGCUAAAUACCUAAUAUUCUGAUUUGCACCUGCCUUUGCAGACACGUGUAACUAGAGAAUAAAAAUAUAAAAUA